ACUUUACUAAAACAUAUUUCAACCUCACUUUGCACUACAGCACUCACUGCAUUUGCUGCAGGAAAUGCAUUUUCGAGUUAUUAUUACGAGACAAUUAAUAUUAUAAACCUGUCAGUAUUAUAGUAGGCCUAACAGCAGCGUUGGCCUGCAUACAAUUUAAAACUGAAAAUAGACAUUUAAUUAUUCAUAAUUUAUCUCUGCGUUUAUUUAACCAUUUUCUGUAGAGUUACUUAUUUUCUUUCUAAGUAGCAAUUCUAUAUAUAAUGCUUGCUAAACUAAUUUAUCUUUCAAUUAACUUUGUUAUAAGCUAUGGUAUUUCUAAAAUAUAUUUGAAGAAGAUGGUGUGUGUGUGUGUGUGUGUGUGUGUGUGUGUGUGUGUGUGUGUGUGUGUGUGUGUGUGUGUGUGUGUGUGUGUGUGUGUGUGUGUGUGUGUGUGUGUGUGUGUGUGUGUGUGUUUUCAGAUGGCCGUGGACAGUGGUAAGACUGUAGUGCUGGCCGCACUGGGCCGGCCCUUCAGUCUGGGGAUGCUCUACGACUGCCGCAACGACUCACUGAUCCCCGCUUUGACACUUUGGGACCGGGAAGCCUUAGAGAAAGGAGCAGAUGAAAGACACCAACCAUACAAUGACUUUGAAAUAGUUGCAUCUGACUCCAUCGAAGACAAAUCUUCUGCAUUGAAGGUUGAAGCUUCACUGAAAGCCAGUUUUCUGUGUGGACUGGUUGAGGUAGAAGGCUCUGCUAAGUUUCUCUCAGAUUCUAAGAUUUCCAGAAAACAGGCUAGAGUGACACUAAAAUACAACACCACCACCAAGUUCAAAGAGCUGUCAAUGAAUCACAUUGGCAGUGGUAAUAUGAAGCAUCAAGAUGUUUUUAAGUCAGAACAAGCAACACACGUAGUGACAGGAAUCCUUUAUGGGGCACAAGCCUUCUUUGUGUUUGACCGUGAAGUGUCAGAAAAGGAAGAUAAGCAAGAAAUCGAGGGAAAUCUAAAGGUGCUGAUGAAGAAAGCACCCACCUUGAAGAUAGAAGGCCAAGGUUUUCUGAACAUUGGAGAAAAGGACAUUGCAAAUGUUGAGAAGUUCUCCUGCAAGUUCCAUGGGGACUUUAACCUUGAGAAAACCCCUGUGUCUUUUAGGGAGGCAAUAGAAGUCUUUCAAAGCCUACCUAAGAUGUUGGGAACCAACGGAGAGAACGCAGUUCCUCAGAAGGUCUGGUUAAUGCCACUGAAGAAUCUAGAUACUGCUGCUGCUGAACUGGUUAGACAGAUAAGCCAUAGAUUAGUCAGGGAUGCUCAGAAUGUCAUGGAGGACCUCAGCGAGCUGGAAAGGAGAUGCAACGAUGCAGAAAGAUGCACAACAGCCAAGCAGUUCCCACAGAUUAACAAAAAGUUAAAGGAUUUUAAAGAGCUGGUUUCUCAGUACAAACUGGAGUUCCAGGAUAUUAUGGCGAGGAAACUCCCAUUGAUCAGAGGAGGAGGAGAGGAGGAAAGUGUUCUCGCAAAUAUCCUGAAAAAGGUACAUUCCUCUCCCUUCAAAAGUGGUGAACUGAAUGAGUGGAUGGAAAGCAAAGAGACAGAAAUCAAACUCAUCAGCUCUCUGAUUGACAAAAUGCCCAACAUGACGAUCGUCACUAGUCGCAGCACUCUGCACCAUGAGAUCCACAGCGGAGAUAUCACAUAUGCUGUGUGCUUUGUCUUUACCUCCCUGGAAACCCCAGAGCCUUACCUUUCAGCUCUGUCCAACUACUUGGAUGAAACCCAAACAGACAACGUGCCAUGUGCUUAUGAUGUAGAAAAGGAACAAUGGUUCUUCUCAAAUGACGUAAUGGACAAACUGAAAGAGAAAGUAAAGCUCUUCAAAGAUUUUGCAGAAGCCAACAAGGAGAACAACAGCAUCAGAUUUCUAACAGCUGCGACAAGAGAUGAUGAGAAGAAAGGUGCAACCCUCCACCUCUACAAGGAUGGCUCCUUAGUGACUGACAACUUUGAACCACCUUCGAAGCCAGAAAUGAUCACAGCUGACAUAACCCACAACAGUGUAACACUGAAUAUUUCACCACCUCGAUUUGGGUUGACAACUGUGAACCACUACACUGUUGAGUUCUGUGUCCAUGGAGGCGAUGAUUGGCAUCAACAAAUAGAGAGCAAGGCUGGGGAUGUCACAGUGUCCGGCUUACAGAUAAAUAAAAAGUAUCAGUUCAGGUGUAGAGCCAACUGCACAGUCGGCUUCGGUCCGGCCUGUGUAUCUUCAAUUAAAACUUUACCAUCCAGUAAAGUUAAGUUAAGUUCUAGAGAUCUUUCUAAGCGGUUAGCAGAAGCAGUUAAGAAUGAAGGCAGGAAGAAUUCAGGUACUCGGGACAUUUACACUCUUCCUUUGAAAGCCCAGCCCAUGGAGAUAGAGGGAUGCAAAUGCUUCAUGUUUGGAAAAGACUUUGGUAAAAAGAACCGCACCAUCAUGGUUCUAGGAGCCAUUGGGUCGGGCAAGUCCACCCUGAUCAACAGGAUGAUCAACUACAUCUUGGGUGUCACAUGGGACGAUACUUUUAGAUUCAAGUUGGUAGACGAAGGCACGGCCAAGUCUCAGGCUCACAGCCAGACCUCUGAAGUCACCGUGUACAAGCUCAACCACCGAGAGGGCUUCCAGAUCGACUACUCCCUGACUAUUGUGGCCACGCCGGGUUUUGGAGACACGAGAGGCAAAGAAAGAGAUAGGUUGAUUAUGAGUCAGCUAGCAAAUUUAUUCUCUGCUGAAAGUGGAAUCAGCGAGAUUGAUGCCAUCUGCUUCGUGGUCCAAGCACUUUUAGCUCGGCUUACAACGACGCAGAAAUACUGCUUUGAUUCGGUGCUCCGCAUAUUUGGCAAAGAUGUGGCAGAGAACAUCCGGAUUCUGGUGACAUUUUCAGAUAACACAAAACCUCUGGUUCUCGGGGCGAUCAAUGAGUUCGGGGUCCCAUGUCCUAAAACGAAAAAUGGUUUACCAAUUCACUUCAAAUUCAAUAACUCUAGACUUGGUGCAUUCAAUGAUGAUUAUGAUGAUGAUGAUGAUGAUGAUGAUGAUGAUGAUGAUGAUGAUGAUGAUGAUGAUGAUGAUGAUGAUGUCCAUAAAAGGAUGUGGGACAUAGGAACCAAAAACAUGCAAAAAAAAUUUUCUGAUCUGAAAGUCAUUGAGACCAAGAGCUUGACCUUAACCAUGCUCAGACAGAGAGCUCAGCUGGAGAUCUCCAUUGAGAAUAUCGAGAUUAAGGUGAAAUUGGCCUUAACUCAACUUGAGGAGAAUAAAAAAGAAUCUCAAAUUCUCCAAGCACACGGGUCAGCUUUCGCAGGCAAGCUGAAAGAAAAGUAUGAGACGGCCUCUAAGAAAGCCAUGUCCGUUGGUGACAUCAUCAAACAGAUGGAGCUGGAGCACGACCACCUAGAGGACGAGGUGGUCGGGCUGAUGGAGCGCUCAGCCAAGUGUCUCAACACCCUGAAGGAGAUCGCUCUGAGGCCCGAUCCAAUCUCAACAGCUGAAUACAUCGACCUGCUGAUAGAGGGAGAGAAGUCAGAGGGCAAGCCUGGCUACCUGGAGCGCAUCAAUAAACUCAAGGAGCUGAAGAAAAAGGCCAUUACCGCGGGGAAGGUUGCUAGUGGGGCCACGGCCGACUCAAUUUUGCAGUAG